AUGAAUGAACAAGAUAACAUCAUAGAAAGUGAUGUACAAGAUUAUUAUGAAAGUAGGUAUAAUAAUCAAGAAGAAAUAACACAAUACCCUGUAGCUAGAAAUAGUGAUUUAACAAAUGAGCAAUGGCAAAAAGUGUAUGCAUAUACUUCACCAGAAAAUACAGAGGUACCCUCUAUGAAUAAAGGACAUAUCAGGAUAGAAAACCCUGUAAUAAAUAGGUAUAUAGGUACCUCUGUAGAACUUGCUAAAAAAGGGAUAAUCGUCCAACUUGGAAUAGCAAAUGACAGUCACAUAAUGAUAAUGAAUAUAUUGAGUAGAAAUGUGAAAUUUAACAAAGGACAACAUAUUGGAAAUAUUGAGAAAAUACAGAAAAAUGAUGAAAUUUUUCUUAUGAAAUUACCUGAUCUGAAAGAUCAGAGUAAAAAAGAAAAAGAACGAAUCUUGAUUCUAAAGAAUCAAUGUGAAAAAACUGAAGGCCCUAGAACAUGGAAACAGAUUAGUUAUAUUCUUACAGAAUAUGUAGAUGUUUUCAUAAAAAAACAAAAAUAUGCUACAAAAGUAAAUACUGAUGAAAUACCUCCAAUAGAAUUAAAUUUGAAAAAUGGAAUAAGAGAUAGUGAAAUACCAAUAUUAGUAGGAACAGCAGAAUUUAAAUGGACUGAUGAUUGCCAAAAAGCAAUGGAAGAACUCAAACAAAGAGUUAAAAAUGAAUCACUAUUAUCAUUCCCAAACAUGAACAAACCAUUUUUCAUGGAAAUUGAUGCUUCAGAUCAUGCAAUAGGUGCAAUAUUAUAUCAACAAGAAGAUGAAUCACAAGAUCAUUGUAAAGUUAAAGAAUCUCUAAAAAAGAAAGACUUAUUACGAAAUGCAACAGAAGUUAUAGCAAAUAAAACUAGACAAUAUGUUAAUAAAACAUUGGACAACUAUGAUGCAGAACUCAGACAAACAGUCAAUCUUCAUAUAUAUGGAAUAGAAAGAGUGCAAAACUUUGCAGCAGAUUUCCUAACUAGAGGAACAACAGAUGAGUUACAACAAUUGGAAGAAGACAAAUCAACAAAAAUUGAUGAAAGAUCCUCACAUGAAGUUAAGAGAAGUAUAACAAUGAGUAUACUUAUUAUUAUGGAAAUUAGAACUAAAGAAAUCAUAAUGCCAAAAGUGUUGAUUAGAGAUCAUGAAAAUUUGAAAUCAUCUAAACAGAUAGAAGAUGAUGUUGAGAAAAUUAUUAAUGAACUUUCUAUCAAAGCAAAGAUUUCAUCAGAAAAACAAAUAAAGAAUAUCUUAGAAGAUGAGAUGGAAUGUAUCAAAUUCCUACAACAAGAAGGAAUUCUCUAUAAAAGUCAAAAAUGUUGGCAAUGUGAGAAUGAUAUGAAACAAAAAGAUAAGAAAUGGAAUUAUAUGCGAUGUGAUUGUAGAAUAUCACAAUCUGUACUCACAUUCUCAUUCUUUAACAAUCACAAGAUCCCCAUCAAUGAAAACCAAUCAAAGAAACCAAUGAAUAAAUCCAAUGACUACUCAAGUAUGGAAAUUACCCCAGACAAUCAAAACAAUACCAAAAGAAGAAAUAGUAGUAACUUGGGUACAACAGGUAGAAGAAACCAAUACCCAACUACAAUUAACUCAAAAUAUCAAAAAUAUCAAACAGAAACUUGGCAUAAGUACAAUGAUCCUCAAAAGAGAAUGGCAGAAGUUUUAGAGAAACUUCAAAUUAGCUUCGACCCCAAACAAAAUUUUAUACCAAAUAGAACUACAUAUGAAUCCAGAACAACUACUCCAGAAGGAACAGAAAGUGUACAAUGUAAAAUACGCUCUGGAACACUUGGACAACACGAAUAUUGGGACUGUCCAAAUGCAAUAUGUAAUAAAUGCAGAGAAACAGGACAUAUACACCGAAACUGUCCACAUGCUUCAUUAUUGAAAAAUGGAGGCUGGUAUGUUAAUUUAGCUGAAUGCAAAGAAUAUCAAUGUAAAUACUGUCUUAAAAGAGGACAUAAACGAUAUCAAUGCAAAGAACUUUCAUUAAAUAAAGCAAAUGAAUGCAAUAGUUGUGGAUGUGAUUCAAAAGAAGUAACUGCAACAAGAAUAAACCAUUUAAUCAACCCAAACUCUUUAACAUCAAAAUCAAAAAAGAAUCAUUGUUGCAAUUAUAAAUUAUCAUUUACAAGAAAUAAUUUAAUAGGAAUACAAAAAAAAAAUAAUAGAAUUCGAUUGGAAUAUGAAGAAUGUGCAUAUGAAUAUGUAAAAUACUUUCGACAAAACAAACCUCAGAAAAAACAAGUAAUGGAAUGGUUAGAACACAAAGGAAAAUUAAUCGAAUGUUAUCUUUGUAAAAAGAAAGAAAAUAAAAGAGAAUUUGCAAAUUAUGAAAAUAUAUUCUUUUGUACUUGGAAAGAAAAAUAUGCCUAUCAAAUAUAUCUUGAUAUAGUCAACUCUUGUCAUAACUAUACUUAUGAAGGGAGAGAAAGACAUUGGCUUAACACUAGAUGGUCAGCAGGAAAUUAUAUAACAGUCAAUAGAUUAAUGAUAAAAAGAAUCUAUGACUAUAUUGCAAAAGGAGAAACUAAUCUACAACAAUUAGAACUUCUAAAAGAAGAAAAAGGAGAAGAUGAAUUCUCUUAUCCAGAGACACCAAUCCUCUAUAACGAAGAAAAUAAUGAUGUUGUAGAAGAAAUAGCUUAUAACCAAGCUGUUACUGAAAGCUUAAAUAAUUUAGAUAAAGAAAAUACAAAGAAACCAGAAACAUAUGAUGAAUGGUGUAAAGAAACCUCCAAAGUGGGAUGUACUCUUUGUAAAGAAUGUCUUUUACCAAUCAAUAUUAAAGAAAAAAAUAGAUCAGAAGAAGACCUAGCAAGAGGAAUAUGUCGAGAAUGUUAUACUAAAGAAAAAGGAAAAGCCAAAGAAGCACCUCCAAAAGACUACUUCUUUAAUAAACUAAUAACAACUGAACAAGAAAUAAUAAAUGAAAUACUCUAUACCUAUCUUCUAUGA